AUGAAGCGUAAUAGCCUGGUAAAUGUCAAACUGAAUGCAAAUUCGCCAUCAAGAAACCCAACAACAAGACCAAAUACGUCCAAGAUUAAUAAGCCAUGGAGAAUAUCCCAUUCUCCACAACAAAGAAACCCCAACUCGAAGAUACCUUCACCUGUACGAGAAAAAUUAAACAGACUACCUGUUAACAACAAAAAAUUUUUGGAAAUAGAAAACUCUAAGAUCCCAUCACCUAUAAGAAAAAUGACCUCCGCCAAGGUGACACACGAAGAAAAGAAGAAGUUGCCCAAGUAUAAAUCACUGUCACUCGAUGAUUUUGAACUGGGGAAGAAGUUGGGGAAAGGCAAAUUUGGCAAAGUUUAUUGCGUUCGGCACAAGGCUACUGGAUACAUAUGUGCCUUGAAAGUAAUGGAGAAAGAUAAAAUAAUACAAUACAAAUUACAAAGGCAAUUCAGAAGAGAGGUAGAAAUACAAUCGUCACUGAACCAUCCAAAUUUAACGAAACUAUACGGUUAUUUCCACGAUGAGAAAAGAGUGUAUCUGUUAAUGGAGUAUUUGGUCAAUGGGGAGAUGUAUAAACUAUUGAGGUCGCACGGGCCUUUUAACGAUAUUUUAGCAUCAGAUUAUAUCUAUCAAAUUGCCAAUGCGCUAGACUACAUGCAUAGGAAACACAUCAUUCACAGAGAUAUCAAACUUGAAAAUAUAAUAAUAGGAUUUAAUAACAUUAUCAAACUCACGGAUUUUGGAUGGAGUAUAAUUAACCCUCCGGAAAACAGAAGGAAAACAGUUUGUGGCACAAUUGACUACCUCUCGCCCGAAAUGGUCGAAUUCAGGGAAUACGAUCACACCGUUGACGUUUGGGCCCUGGGGGUCCUUACUUUUGAACUACUAACCGGCGCUCCGCCGUUUGAAGAAGAAAUGAAAGACACCACGUAUAAAAGGAUAGCUGCAUUGGACAUUAAAUUCCCAAACAACAUUUCCCAGGAUGCACAAGACCUAAUACUCAAGCUGCUUAAAUAUGAUCCUAAGGAUAGAAUGCGACUUGAAGACGUCAAAAUGCAUCCUUGGAUACUAAGAAACAAACCGUUCUGGGAAAAUAAAGGGUCAUAA